AUGAGUAGGAAGAGAUCAAAAAUGUCUUCCAGUGGCACUCUCAGUAACUGCUAUGUGGACGCUAUAAUGGGGCAGGAGCCGGAGGAUGCGUACGGUGCUCGCUUUAUUCAGGCUCCGCACACGGUGACCCCGAGGCCGUCAGGUGCCGGGGACAACGCAGACUUCGCCUCUUGCCAUUUUGCACCAAAGUCCGGCGUUUUCUCGUCGUCGUGGUCCGCGGUUCACCCGCAGGGAAUUUAUCAUCCGUACAUGCACCACCACCACCACCACCACCAGUCUCAUCUCCCCGCCUCGGACGGCAGAUAUGUGGGCGUCCGCUCCUGGAUGGACCCCAUCUCCAACCACGUUUCGUUCGCCGGAUUUCACUCCAGCAGUCGCUCGUACGGAACAAAGCCCGAGGUCUUGCCACCGAAAGCUACAGAGUGCGACGCGUUGGAGGCAGAGGCUCGGCCGCUCGCCGGUGAAUUCGCAUGCGGAGUAUCGGAGUGUCAGGAAAAAGCGACCAAAGAGCACAGUGGAAGUGAACUUUCGAUCCACAGCGAGCCCAAAGAGGAGAAACAACAACUUGACCCAAACAACCCUGCAGCGAACUGGAUUCACGCACGCUCCACGAGAAAGAAGCGAUGCCCGUACACGAAAUAUCAGACUUUAGAGCUGGAGAAGGAGUUCCUCUUCAACAUGUAUUUGACAAGAGACCGACGCUAUGAAGUGGCCCGCAUACUCAGUUUAACCGAGAGACAAGUGAAGAUCUGGUUCCAGAACAGGAGGAUGAAAAUGAAGAAGAUGAACAGAGAGAGGAGCGGCAGAGAGCUGCUAUGA